CUACAACCACGUCGCUUACUGCGUAGGGUAGCUCAGACGGUUACGGUCGGUGGGUCAAGUAGGACGGCGCGUAGUCGCGGCGCGUUACUGCGCAUUUCAACUCGCAUUCUUCGUCGUCCCGUACGAGUCUUUGACUCGAGCUAGUGCCGGGAGUGACGAAAGUGAAGUGUCGUGCAUUCGUGCGAACCGGAACGAAUGAAGUGCCACUCUGGCAAAUGCUCGUUUCGGUCGAGAUACAAUUCGCAUCUUCGUCAUCCCGUAUGAGCCCCGAGGCGUUGAUCCUUCGUCAGAAAGCAGAUGUCCCGCGUCGUUUAUGUAUAAUAUAUCAUCCUUUAUAUCCUUUGGGAUUGAAACGAGAGGAGGAUCGCAGUACUAAAUUAACGUUUCGUCGAUAACGAAUUUGAGACUAAUCGGAUUGACGCUCUGGCGCCGGCCGCCGAGGGCGCGGAGUAAUACGUGAGUAGAAUCACCUGCUUUAUAUGUAACGGAAUACGCAGCUUGUCGAAUUAAUAUACUAACGAAGGAAAGGGAUAAAUAUAUCGGCUGUUUAAUUGCUGGAGUUGUAUCAAGCUGUUGCAAGCGGCCUCGAAUAUAUUGUUUUCCGGACGAUUCGCUCGGCUGCCGACUCGACUCACGUUGUAUCCGCGCGCAGCGUCGGUAUGAAGUUGCCGAUGUUCGAAUCUCUCGUCGAAGGAACGCCAUGACCCAUCGGUCGUUUCGUUUCGGUAGUGUUCAAAUCGCGAGUGUCGUAUUACAACAAUGAAUUCGAUCGCGUCUUCGCGAGCGCGUUGCCUUGUGCAUGAGACGAUGGGGGCACGAGACAACGACGAGGCCCGAGACUCACCUGAUUCAUAGGCAGGACAGCUUCAAUCGAGGUUAUCUCGAGAACAUUGGAGUUGUAUCAAGCUGUUGCAAGCGGCCUCGAAUAUAUUGUUUUCCGGACGAUUCGCUCGGCUGCCAACUCGACUCACGUUGUAUCCGCGCGCAGCGUCGGUAUGAAGUUGCCGAUGUUCGAAUCUCUCGUCGAAGGAGCGCCAUGACCCAUCGGUCGUUUCGUUUCGGUAGUGUUCAAAUCGCGAGUGUCGUAUUACAACAACGAAUUCGAUCGCGUCUUCGCGAGCGCGUUGCCUUGUGCAUGAGACGAUGGGGGCACGAGACAACGACGAGGCCCGAGACUCACCUGAUUCAUAGGCAGGACAGCUUCAAUCGAGGUUAUCUCGAGAACAUUGGUGAGUUUAAGUUUGCAGCAGUACAGUUCGCUCGAUUCAAUCGGCUGUCGUAACGCAUCAGUUGUUUCGUUUCAGGAGUGUUCAUUGCAAUGACGAUUGUCGUAUUGUAACAAUUCGAGUUCGAUCGCGUUUUCGUGAGUGUUGCCUUGCGAGUGUGCGACGAGGGGGUGUAAAUCGACGACGAAGCCUGGGAGACGUCGGGGCGGCUUCUUCGGGGCAUCGAUGAAUUUGAAUGUGCAGUGAUGAGUGGACUCGAAACGACAACGGUCCGCCUUUUUGUGAAUACAGUAUUACAUCGAUGGAAUUGAUAAUCCAAACAAUCUGAGGGCAGGAAGAAAGGUGAGACAUCGGGCGCCGGCGGAGCAACUUUGCGGUAAGUUAAAGAAAAUAGGUCAUAAGUUAUUUAAAAUAAUAUGUUGAGUCACAUUCGAGCUCUGCUUUAAUUGCUUUUAUUUUUUAUGUUACAGAAUCAACGUAGCUACGUGGCAGAUAUAACUCCGCUGUUGCGCAUCGAGUUUGUGAGUAAUGAAUUAAUUUUUUAUUACAUAAUAGAUGAUUUAGGUAAUGCACAUGCAAUGACAAACUGGCGAAAUUAGAUUCUCAUUAGAUUGCAUUUUGCCGUUUGAUCGGGAAAUAUUCGCUUUAAUUUAAAUAUAUCGAGCUGCUCGUCUAUCUAUACGUUCCCUCAUUUCAAUAAAAACCUAUUGCCGAUUAAUUAUUAUUGAUACUAUCUGGCAUAUAAUACAAAUAUAAUAUUAUUAUCAUGCAGAAAAAAUAGAACGUUUGAAAACAAAAUAAAUACUCAUCGUUAAAAUAAUUGUUAUAUGUAAUC